GGACCAAAGAAGUGCGUGUGCGAGAUAUAGACGCAUUUCUAAACGCAUUUUUUGGAUUAUGACUAUAUCUACGCGUAAAUGAGUGAAUAUCUCUUUCCAUCACGCGAAUAUUGCCACACUAUCCGUUUAGAUCGUGGCUUGGUCCAGACCCCCCUCAAGAAAAGCUCAAAUUUUUAUCUUUCACCGCUCAAAGACGAAUUAUUUACCAUCCUUUAAAAUAAUGAGACUGUUUAGUAUUAUUUGGGAAUAACGGCGCUAUCGGCACAUAACUAUCGGUUUCCUAACUGACAAAUAUAUCAGGGGAGCGUUUUUUUAAAAUAUUAUUAUGCAGGGACGGUGUUGUUAUAUUGGCAGAUGUUUGAACGGGGUUUGCCUUCACGUUCCGUCGUCGUUGCAGCGUUGUAAUCCGUCUACGUCACGUACUGAAUAUGAUAGCAGCCGAAGCACGCCACAGGGAAAGCGACUAACUUCGCCAGCUCGUGGAUACCACACGAGUUUAUGUCGACAUGAACGGUUUUGUGACUAUAUUAUGACUACCGGCUUUGAAUGGUAGACAGGUCGGGGAGUUAGCGAGGUCGGUUGCAUCAUCUUUCUUCCGCGAAGAGCCUGUGCCUUAUAAUAACUGACUGCACAUGGGACAACACAUUCUUCUGUAUUGGCCCAAUAUUAUUGGUGAGUGACAGCUAAUUCAACAUUGAAAACUGCAUUUGUGUUUAAUAGCUGUGUUAUGUGGCAUAGUUAUAUGGCGGACACUAGUAUACUGUAGAUGAUCAGAGACUUGAAUAAUGUAGCUUAUCUAUUCGGCAGAUUACUACAUUCAAGUGGCUUAUUGUAGAACCAAUUUAAUGGAGAAUAUUGAUACUGUGAAUAUUAUAAGCAAACUUCAUUUAGUUUGGGUUCAAAUGAAUGUACUUUGGCUGUAGGUCAUGUAAGGUCACUGCGAUAUCUUUGUCUUAGUUAAAGCUCCAGUGGGGAGUUUUAAAGUUUGUCACGAAUAGACUGAAACCAGUACUGACACCUCUGUAUGGCCUACAAAAGCAAGUGAGACCAUACAUUACGGAAUAUUGUUUUCUUGUUGUACAUUUUCAUGUCUGAAACUGCGCUGCUUUGUUGAAAUAUCUCAUGGCAAAGAUUUAAAAAAAACAUACAUGUUAUAAUUUAGUUGAAGAAAAUAGAGCAGAAUUAGAUUUCUUUACUUAAUGCACAGGAGAGGAUCAGCAAAGAAAUGUCAGAAAGUCGACUAUUAUGUCCAUAAAAAGCACCAGAAUCAACACAAACUUAGAAGAUACUGUAGGAGCUACUGUAUAAAGAGUUAUUAACCCUUGCCCUACACUCAGUUGUGUUUGUGUUUUUGUCUUUCAGGCUACAUUAGGAUCUGCCUUGUAUUUUUUGCGUGGGCGACAUAUGACAGUCCGGCACUCUUCAUCUCUUUGUACUCCAUCUCCAUAGCCCUUGAUGGUAAAGUAUCUCAUUAUUUUGCUGUAGGUUUCUGCAAGUUCAACUACAUAUUUGUGGGUGAACCACUCUGUUGUUAUCUUGUUUUACCAAGUCUUAGUGUUUUACUAAAAUAUUGGCAGUGUGAUCAUAACAUGUGCAAGUUAUUGUCAUUUCUAUAAACUGUAUUCAGCUGAUGCAAACUCCAAAUUAAAGCGUAACCAAAAACUGGACUUUCUUCGCACUUUUUAAAAAAGUUUAUUGGCAGGUCAAUUCCAAGUAGCUGGAUUUGUUAAAUUUAGACUUUUUUUUAAGAUGGAAAAUAUUCACAAGUAUCUUUUCACUGAUGAAAUACAUGGUGAAUAUUCAUUUUACAAAACAAAGGUGACAACUUAUAAACUUUUACAUAAACAGGGGAUAUUUAUUUUUCUUAACCAACAUUCCUGUAGAUAAUCCACUUCAGAAAAAUCCAGUGGUAAAUUGUUACUUCCUUGUUGUAACUUGAGCCACAUGGUUUGAAGGCAGCCACAAUACUUUAUCAAAUAGGUUUAUAUAAAUCAAAUAGUUUUCCCUCCCUUGGUUGUGUUGCUUUAGUGCAGUUUUUUUUUUGUUUGUUUGUUUUAAAUGUUUGCAGCUUUUAACAUUAUGCCUUCAAGUUGUUUGUCAAACACUGUUGUUUACCUGGUGUGACCGUCGGACUGAAUGCUGGUACACUGCAGUAGACUAUCAAAGUUAUAUUGGGCAUGUCCAAAGUACAAUUAACUGACACUUUGGCUGUUUUAACAGGAGACACCAUGUCCCAGCACAGCAGGAAAAAGGCAGAAUAAUAAAAUGAAUUAUAGCUGGCAAGUAUUUAGUUUUGUUAUUAUUUUUCCUGACAUCUCCUUAGAGGCACUAAUAUGUCUGUAAACACGUAAUUACACAGAGGCUUCACACUGGCUAACUUGUGCCGUAAGAACAUGAAAAUACACCAGUUUUCUUUUGAUUUACUUGUAAUUAAUGAGGCUCAAAUUUGCUGAAAUAUUAUGAUGCAGAUCUGUAGAGAGAGAUCAAAAAGAUAACUUCAGUUUACUAACAGUGGGAGUAAAACUGUUUUUACAGAAGAUUCACUGACCAUUUCUGCUUUAAUACCUGCUGACAUACUGUAUGACUCAUCAAUAACUAAUAUUAAUAAAAUCAAUCUGCAUUUUUUAAUAUCAUAUUAAGGAUGGUCAGAUGAAGAACCUGACAAAAAGCUGACAAAAUAACACUUAAUCAUAGUUUUUUUUUUUUUGAUAAUCAGGAAAAUUGACUCCAAGUCAGCUUCAGUUUUGAUAUGUUGUUGAUGCUUUGUGUGCAGGAGUGGAUGGCUGGCUGGCCAGAAAACUGGGGCAGACCUCCAGGUUUGGGGCCUGGCUAGAUGUAGUGGUGGACAACCUUGGCAGAGGGAUGUUGUGGAGCCUGCUGUUUAAGGUCACAGAUAAAUCCCCUCCUACUCAUUUAUAAAAACUUGUAAAAUGUUGUUUUUAUUCAGAUGGGAUUCCUUGAACUCAACCAUGUUUGAACCGGUUAACAAAGAGAGUAUUAUAAUGUUACUCUAAAUCUAUUGUGUGUGUCAUGCAGCAGGUGUUCUCUACUGUUCCUUGAUCUCUUGUCCUGUUUUAAUUACAGUGGGGCUGGCUGGUGUCUGCAGUGGAGUGGUGUGUGUUUGUGUGUAACCACAGUGCCAGAGGAGAUCACUGGAAGAACAGCUUCAACUGCAGCCCUCCAAUCAUACGAGCCAUCAUGGACAAUGGUACUAGCAUAUAAUGGUGCAUCAUGUACUUCAUCAUUACUUCACUAAUUCAUGACAUUCUCUUUCUUUCAAGCCUGAUAUCACCAUCUUAAGAGGAAAGUUUUAUCUCUUGGCUGAUUUAAAAGUUGUUUUGAAUCUGUCCUGGUUCCAGUCUUCUGUUUGAAUUAGGAUAAACCUGAUUGUUUUUGGCCUCUGAUGAAUGGGGCAGCUGUAGAAAUGACUUAUGGACUUCUGCUCCUAAGUGCUGAUCAGUCACAGGUUACAUGAGUAAAUUGAUUUGUGUGUUGUUAAUAGGGUUUCAGACUACUCUUGGCCUGUGGGUGGUGAGUGGACUGCACUGCCUCCCUCUGUGGCUGUACGGCUCUCAGAAAGAUUUACUCUACAGCUGGAUGUACCUGCCACCCUGGGUCCAGAUACUGGGGACUGUGCUGCUGGCUGCAGGGCGCCUGCUGGCUUUUUUAGCAGAGGUAGAAAGAAAUUAAAAGUAUUCUUCAAAAAUGAGGGACUUAGAUAGCUGUGUAUCAUCUGCGUAAAAAUGUAGGCUGUUAUUAUGUAAGCAGAAAUACCCAAAAUAAUCAAACCUUAUCGUUAUGCUGAAAUGUAUUGUUAUGAGUCAUAAAACUGCUCUCUUGUUCCUCUGCAGAUGUGGUGCAUAAAGACACACAUUGAAUACCUCACUGACGAUGGCACAGAUGACAAGAAGAGCUGAAGCCACUGGAUGGAGUCAAGUCAACUUUCCUGUCUCCACUCAGGCUAUUUUGGACUCUGGUCAUGUAUGGUUUCCUGCGAGCAGCAACCCCUGGUGUUGAAAUAUGAAGCCAUUGAGAAAGCGCAAAGACACUAUGGUCCCUCAAGUGUCAGCUUGAAGCUGGCUGUAAGAUCCAAAGAGUCCCCAUUUGUCUUCUUUCAAAAUGCCUAUUUUACAGCUAAUUUAAACAUGUUUACAACCUGAUUUCAGGUAUGUAGCUAAACUAUUUUUUGCGCACACUGUACACGGAUGAUGUUUUGGUUAUGCUUCCAGUAAGAAGUAAGAAAACAACCAGGAGUCAGAUAAACGUCAACAUGACAAAGGGCACAGCUGAAAGGAGCAAGUCCCUGCCACUGAGACUAAGGUGACCAGACGUCCCGAUUUCCGGGAACAGUCCCCGUUUUGGAUGACCUGUCCCUGGCUAAAGCUGUCCCCAGAAAUGUCUCCGAUUAAAGCAUUUCGUGAAUGAGAAAAAAAAUGUUGCGUGUAGACUAGAACAAUGGUUAUUAUGGUAGCCGAGUAGGUAGGAAGCCCGAGUAAGCAUGUUGCGACAACAGUUAUUACGGGGGCUGUGUGCUGCUACUAAGUUGUACCAAAUUGUUGAACAGAAUUUUUGUAUACAGUGAGUGGCUACCAAAAAGCACUGACGAAAACUUUUAGAGUGGUUAUUGCAUACAAGAAUUUGUGUUGAUGUUUUUGAUGGUGAAAACUUUGCUAAUAGAGGAUCAUACUUGUCAUGCAUCACAGGGGCUUUUAUUCCCUUAAGACCACCUUUGCUUCACUGUCAAGAAGGGAGACCAAGGGAAAAUCUGCCUGCUAGAUAUUACUUAGUACUGUCAUUACUACUGUAAUGUGGUGGACCCUGCAUGGAAAACCUUGUAGGUGUGUAGUGAGAGAAUGAGACUCAAACCUAAGAAAUGAUGAGAUCCUCCACUGUGCCAUGGGUAAAGUAGGGUGACCAUACAUCCUCUUUUACCAGGACAUGUCCUCUUUUUGGGGGGCUGUCCGGCCUGUGCAGGGGAGUUUAUAAAAUCCUUCAAAUGUCUGGGGGUUUUGUACAGAAGUACAUAAGCACAUAAAAACACUCAGCCUGACUGAAAAAACUCAAAAUUUACAACGCACGACUCUGUGACUCCACCCUGCAUAGUCAUGUCCUCUUUUUGGGGAUUCAGAAUAUGGUCACCCUAGGUAAAGGAUUUCCUUGUAGAAGAUGCAAAGAUGUGCAAAUGAAUGUAAUUUAUGAUGCCCUUAUUAUUGCAAUACUUCAUUUGGCCAGAAGAGUGCAGGAGAACUUUUAAGUGGGUUUUAUUUCUUCCAAAUUAAGAUCAGUCUUCGUUUGUUUUCUCUUUUUGUUCUCUUUUGACCCUCAGGAUUUUGUCAUCGACAGGAUGUGUUGGGUGGUUUAACCUCAGAUCUAAAUAAAUUGCUAUUUAAGGUGAUCCCAGAGUGGCUCAUGAUUGGUAAUAAGAAAAAAAAGCAUGCAGCGUUUGUGAUCAAUGAUAUAAGUUUUAAUGUUUUUGCAGCUAACAGUGAAGCAGUAACAGGACAACAGUGAAAACAUCCCCUCAUCACAUUUGGUGUCUAUCAUCAGAAACUCUCAGACAGUAAAAACAGGGCUGUUGGAGAGAUCACAGCUUUUUUUUUUUUUCAAUAUCUUAGACUUCAUACUUUCUUUUCUCAUCAAGCCCUUGACCUUUGACCCCCCCGACCCCUCCGGCAUGGACACUGUGGAUUUUCCCUUUCAGAUUUCAAUUGAACACAAAGACAACCUGGCGGUGUUACCAGCCUUGUGCCUUACAUUCCUUCAGUCAGCUGGCCUCUGAGGGUUAUCGUUAAAAGAAUAAAAAAAAACACCCUAAAAUACUCCAACACUGACUUUAAAUAAAGGACAUUUUUAGGUACUUCAUGUAACUCUGGGUUACUGUUUUGGGGGCGCUCCAGUGGCUUAUUUCAACCUGCUGUAAAAGGGGCUGUAAUAGCUGCAACAGAAUCACUCUGGGCGAGUGCAUCCAUUUAUUUUAAGUAUGUCUUGAAAGAUCUCUUCUUUUUGCUGGUAUAUCGUUAUUCUGCCUUCAUUACAACAUUACAGAAAGUUUGUUUUCACUCAACCAAAAACAGAUAUUGCUUGGCUGUGAUGCCACCAAACUCCUUUGACAAAAACAUUCAGUUUGAAUGAAGGUUUCUCUUAUUUUCUAAACAGAGAAACCCAUAGAAAAGAGCGAUCACUCUAGCUUUCAGUGGUGGUUCUAUUGCAGAGGGAGCAGAAAACGCUUAAAAGACAGUAGCCCUAACAGGCCAUAAUGCAUUGCAGCAGGUUGGGGUGUGUCCUUUAAAUAAACUUCAGUGCAGGAGCAUCUUAAAGAUUUUUUUUUUCUUCUUAAAUUCUGCAAUUACCGUAGGAAAAGAGCACAAGCAUUUUUGUUUAUCAGUUUUCUUUUAGAAUAAGGAUCAUAACAUUCACUUCCUAGUAUGCCUAGAAAAACUGCUCUGGAGGAGGAUGGGGAGGGGUGGGAGGGUGUGCCUGUUGAAGCCAAAGCACCAAGAGUGUCGCUGAGCGUCCGUGUAAGGGGGGGCUAAGGCUGGACCUCCUCAUCUAGAGCCACUCACACCACUGCUAGAGAGGGAGACGUCCGACAGCACUGAAGCAUCAGCAAGGCAAAGCUCGUUUUCCUCAUUCACUUUAAAUCAACAGAAACAACAGUGGGAGGCUUCUCGAAGGCAUUGCAUUUCCAGAGGUGUUGCAGGUUAUUCCUUCAACUUAUUUUGAAGCCAGACUCUGUUUUUACAUUUCACAUCAGAGCAAACUCUCAGCAGUUUCUCUACAGAGCUGCAUAUCACACCUAAAUUUAUGUGCUCAACUCUUCAAGGUCAAAAACGCCCUCUGACAUCUUUGCUGCUUCGGGAAACGCUGCAAAUACAAUUUUUGAAAAAAAAAUCAACAGGGCAACAGCAAUCCUUGUCCAAGUUUUCUUAAGGGCUAUUUUACCAAAUAAGAUCAAAGCUCACAGAUUGAACCUGGAGUAUCUGCAAAACUGGAGCAAGGUGCCCAAACUUUGGUUCUGGGCCCUAGCAAGGUAGAAAAUUCAAGGAUCAUUGACCCACUUCAUUAAACUGUGUAUUUUUUACUAUACUGUGUAUUUUCACCUCUUCAUGGUUGUUUAAAACUCUUGAAAUGAAUGAGGAUAAACUAUGUAGCAUACUAAUAUUACUGUUUUUGUAUGAUAUCCAAAUACUGCAUCCUUCUACUUGGAUUCUUUGGCAUAAUUUUCACUCUUGUAAAACUAAAAUAUGUGAGUCAAUUCAAAACAGUCAAAAAUAUAUUUGAGGUUACAUGUUAAGUUUAUUUUUUAGGUCCUGUGUUUGUGAUUUUUGGUGUUUGUGUAAAACUUGAAAAUGUUACUUCUCAGACUCUUCAUUUGGUAAUAUUCAAAAGAAAAUAAAGUCUAAAGUUCAGAAAAGAUAUCUUGUAAUUCAAGUGAUCUUAUCCCUGAAAUGUGUAGAGUACAGAGACCAAAAGCUGUCAGUGAAACAUUAUCUUUGCUCAGUAAGAAUCAGAGUAUUCAAACUCUAAAACACACGUUACAGGUUCAUUGUGGUGACAUGCAGCUCUUUAGAGAAACGCCUGAUGAGAUCUGGCAAAGAAACAUUCAAUCUGAUGGAGGGGAUGGAAAAACAAAGUCCAGUAAAAGCGGAAAUAUCUAGAUCCUUGCUCUGACGGGACAUCUUACAAGGAGGAGUGGAGAGGAAAAUACCAGAUGCACACGUUUGACAGACUAACAUUCACACUCACACACUCAAAUAUACAAUAUUGGUCCCCAUUGCAGUGCCCUUAAGGGUUUAACAGUUUAAUUAGCACUUAGAAAUAUGGGUCCGUCUACAGACAGAUAACUGCAGGCUGGUGUAAGGCUGAUCAUUAUCAGUGGAGCACUCGGGCACCCAGAGUUUUAUCUGUGUUUACUCUCACUCACACAUACAAGUCGUCUUUAAAGGGGAAUUCUGCAGUUUUUAAACUUGGGUUUAUAAUUUUGUAUCCUUCAAAGUCAAAACGUAAAAGUUUUGGAUUCACCAUCAUAGAUUACUUUAGCCAGUUGUUGCAACCACUGACUGUGAA